CUCAAUCCAUCCUUCAUGGCGACCUGCUGCGGUGAUGACAGCGUGGAGCGGGAGUACGCGGCGGAGACGUCCCUGCACGGGGUGGGGAAGAUCGCCGGGGCGAGGCACCGCGGUGUCCGCCUGCUCUGGGCGGUACUGUUCCUGGGCAUGUUCGGCGUCGCCACGUGGCAGAUCACCGAGAGGUUUGUGGCGUAUUUCCAGUUCGACACGGUGACUAACAUGAAGGUAGAGUUCCGGGACGUGCUGGACUUUCCCACCGUCACCAUCUGUAACUUCAACAAGUACCGUGACUCACAGAUCACAGAAGAGGAGGAGCAGUACGUGUCAACUCUGCUAGAGGGCUCUACUGGCUUCUCAGACUACGAUUACGACGCCGACUACUAUGACGACGACGGUGACGGUGAAUACCAGUACAGCUACGACUGGAAUAACACCGGCAUUCCCGACGACUUCAACCUAGCGGAGUUCACUCUAAGAGCAGGCUUCGACAUUCACACAUCUCUAAAACACUGUCUCUGGAGAGGCCAGACGUGCAAUUCUGAUAACUUCACGCAUAUUUUCACGUCUUUUGGAAACUGCUGGAUGUUCAACGCUGAAGGGAGGAUGAACCAAACCAUCUCGGGCGUGGGGAACGGGCUACAGGUGGCCAUAGAUAUCCAACAGGAUGAGUACACGGAGAACGCCCCGACAGGCAACCUGGACGCCGGGAUCAGGUUCAUAGUUCACUCCCCCAGCGAGCCGCCUAAAGUAGACACACAGGGCAUCUCUGUCGGGCCGGGAAUUCACGCAUACGCAAGCAUCAGCAAGAUAGAGUUCAGAAAUGAGAUCCCGCCGUGGGGACAGUGCGACCCGGGGCGGGCCCUGCAGUACUACUCCGGCUACACCAAGACGGGCUGCCUGCUGGAGUGCCGGGCUGAUCACGUGGCCGACGAGUGCGGCUGCAGGACGGUGAGCAUGCCGGGAACGCUGGACUACUGCCAGCCGGCUGUCGUCACCGGGUGUGUGAAGACCACCAUAGCUGAGCUAAAAACCGGGAAGAGGUCCUGUAACUGCCCGACCCCCUGCAGCGCCACGGCCUACCCUGCCACCUUGUCGUACGGAGGAUGGCCCAGCUCCAGCACCAUGGACUACUUCACCGAUCUACUCAACAAGACAGAGCAGGAAAUCAAAGACAACAUCGUGCUGCUGGAUGUUUAUUACCAACAGCUGAACCUGCAGACGGUGCAGCAGAGAAGAGCCAUCAGCACCAACGCACUACUCGGUGACCUAGGAGGACAGCUGGGCCUGUUCCUUGGCGCCAGUGUCAUCACCAUUAUCGAGUUCCUUGAGUUUCUGGUGAAGAAGGGAACUUCUUGCUGCUUCCGCCACAAUAACCGAGUCAAGACUUGA